UUCCACCAAACUUUAGCAAAACAACAACUCCUUUUCAGUCUUCUUUGGCUACACUCUUUUUACACACAGAAAUGUAAUAAUAAACAAUUUAUUAUAUACAUAAUUGAUUUUUUUUACAAAAUGGAAGCUAAUGGACAAAACACCACGCGUUCCGCACAAAUCAAAGAGUUGUAUGUUUUUAAUUCCAAGUUUGGAAACGAUACGGAUAACGAGAUGGGAAAAGUCUUGUACUGCUACCCUGGUGACACCACCCACCCAGACACGCAGCUCAAAGAGAUUGGUCUUUGCGAAGCCAUCGUCAAGUUUGCCCAAACUUUUAACUCCAAAGAACCCUGCGAUUCAUUACACACUUUGAAACUCCGUCAUGUGUAUUAUCAACCAGAAGAUGGAUAUUGGUUCAUUUUGGUAUUAUCUGUCCCAUCUGUGGUGAAAUCCAGUCCGGAUGGUGUAGAAUGUGUGGAGUAUUUAGACGACCAAAUACAGGACACCGUAUUCCAUGCUAUUCUUAAGAGAUUGUACGAAAAAUUCGUCUUGUUAAAUGACAAAUUUGAAACUAUGGUGCAAGAAAUUGGACUUGUCGAGCUGAGAACGAGGCUGAAAAAAUGCUACGACAUUUGGGUGCAACGAAUUGAUGUUAAUCAAAGCGGAAUUGCUGAUAUUUUUCGAGGACUGCAGUUCCUACCGCUUUCCAGAGAUGCAUUUCUUCGAGUUCAAUGCUUCAUAAAUCAUUUAGUGGUUUCGUGGCCUCAGAUUAAACACGUUGUCCUUCUGCAAAGAGAAAAGCUUAUUUGGAGCGGAGUUGACCAGAGCCAUAUCCAGUUGCUGUACGAUUACCUGGUCAAUGAUUUGUUGUCGCAGCAUUUUCUUAGUGGAGUUGAUAAACAGUCGACGUUUGGUGUGAUUAUGAAGCGUGAAUCACAUUUAACGUUGGGAUCUUCUUCUAGCUCCACAUUGACACAAUUUCAGCCCCCAGGUUCCAUCACAAACAGUCGUAGCCAAAGUUUAAAUGCCAGUCAAUCUGAAGAUGACGACAAUGCCUCAUUUAUCACCGCAUCUUCGUCGCACACGAUUAAUGGACAAAAAAUGUCCUCGAAAUUCCAUAUGCUGAUUUAUAAAGCUGAACAGACCUAUUUAACAAUAUUAAUUCCAGGUUCUAGUACUUUUGACCGUCAAUACAUUUCCAAAAUUGAAGGGUUCCUCAACCUUAAUUUUACCUCAAUCGCAAGAGACUUGUCAAAGGUUUACCGUUUAAGUUCUGGCUCUGGAUUAUCAAAUGGCAUGGACAAUCAAAGCGGUGUCAAAUACAUCUAUUUCAACAAUCUUAACUUUGCUGAAAAAAUUUGUCCUGGAUAUCAAUGCGAUUUGGAAGCAUACAAAUUGCUGACUGAUUUGAAACAAGACCUAUCAAAAAUGAAUGAGAAUGGAGAAAUUAUAACAAAAAUGGUAUCCGACAACUGGCUGGUAGCAAAAGUAUCCAACAAACGAGAGUUUUAUGCGAUUUUUAACCACAAAAAUUCAAAUCUUCUUGAAAUUGAUGAGGAAAUGCGAAAAUUGACUGAAGAUCAUCUUCGAAAUAUAUUUUUCCAGGAAUAAUGGUAGUUCGAUUCGAGUUAUGUUGACGAGGAAUGGUUUUGUUUGUUAAAACUUUUCAAUAUUAAAUAUUUUCAGAAACCUACAGUCAACAGAUCUUUAUUCUCUUUAAGAUAAUGCAUUACGUUACCAGUGCAUGAGUCAAUGCAGUAUUGAAGUAUUUUUUUUUACUUUCACUUUGCAAAAUUCACUUCUAGUAAAUUGACACAAGUUCGUUUGGCAUAAACCAAAUAAUUGUCCUUCAAAACUA